UUGGUAAUGGAGUUUAGAGCUGGGAGGUGAGGUUUGGGUGACAGGCCCAAUACCGCUGGCGCUAAUCGAAUUUAGCAACUUGGUAACUAGCCAGAGGCAAAAAAGCCCGAUACAUCGUUUAUCUGGCUUUUACUUUUCAGUGGUCAUCGUCGACAUGUCAAAUGUAUGUAGAUAUUUAGCUGGCAGUUUUUUUCAUUUUCUCGACAUGUUCCAGUUCUUUGACAUCAACAGUUACAACGGCCUAUUAGCAUAGUUAGCUACAUCAGUGCCUAUUAUUAUCCAGCCAGCUAACGUGAGCUCUCCUAUCUAAACAUAAAUAACUUACCAACUAAGUACUGAUGAAAGAAAUAAUAAUGAAUCAAGAAAAACUUGCCAAACUUCAGGCACAAGUCCGCAUUGGCGGCAAGGGCACCGCUCGCAGAAAGAAGAAGGUCGUGCACAGAACUGCAACAGCAGAUGACAAGAAACUUCAGUUCUCCCUAAAGAAACUAGGCGUCAACAACAUCUCUGGUAUCGAAGAGGUGAACAUGUUUACGAACCAGGGGACAGUGAUCCACUUCAACAACCCCAAAGUGCAGGCCUCCCUGGCAGCCAACACCUUCACAAUCACUGGCCACGCCGAAACCAAGCAGCUGACAGAGAUGCUGCCCAGCAUCCUCAACCAGCUGGGAGCAGACAGCCUGACAAGCCUCCGGAGACUGGCUGAGGCUCUACCCAAACAGGCUGGAGAUGGAAAAGCACCAAUUGCCCCCAUAGAGGAAGAGGAUGAUGAUGUUCCAGAUCUGGUGGAGAAUUUCGAUGAGGCUUCCAAGGACGAGGCAAACUAAAGAAAAAAAGACCUUCAGGAGUCUCAACAGGACGUGACUGGGUUGGAUAAGGGCACUAGGCGUUAUUUUUUUUAAUUUAAUUUUUUUUUCUUGCCACCCGACUCAAAUGCUUUUUUGUGCACUGUGGUGUCCGUGUCCAGUUUGAGUCAGUGAGAGAUUGUACGGGUUGUCUGUGGUUCGUGCUCUUCAUAUUCUCUUCAGCUGUUUCUUCCAUGUUACUGAACCUGAUUUCUUUUCAGUCUGGCUGAAACUAUAUCUGGAAUAAACAUUUUGCUAUUGUCAA